AUGUGUAUUGAGCUUAUAGCUGUUAUGAAAACCGAAAGUAUGUAUUUUUCAGUGACCAUCCGCAAGAAGUCGGAUAAUUUUGACCAGUACAGUGAUGAAGAUGUCCAAAAUAACAGUGUCUCAGGCUGCUCGGUUUCUGAAAUCAAUUCCGAGUAUACCAGCUCCGAAUAUUCGACCUACUCUGACACAAUGAGUGCUUGCUCUGCCUGUUUCGUUUAUUCCCCACACAGUCAAUUAUUCGUUUGUGUCAAAGAAAAUUGUGGCUACGCCCUUCAGCAGACGGUUCCUGUUUUGUCGCCAUCCCUUUUCUAUCGCCGUGAGAAGGUUUUUUGUGGAUCUUGCGCAUUUCGAGGAGUUCACUCACCACACAAAAAAUUUAUGAAACCUGCCGAGCCACUCGCGAUUCCGGUGAUUGAUUAUCUGUCUGCGUCAGAGUCAGUCUAUGAAUGGCACAGUCGUCUUUCUAUGCUUAAUCAAACAGUUCGAACACUUAAUGAUUUUCGUGUUCAAGGUUAUUCGUACGUUAAGGAGCAAGCUGAUAAAUUAUUAACCGCAUACUCCGAUGUUUCGCGGGCUGUCGCAGAUGACAUAAAAUUCAAGGAGAACGAGGGUUUCAAUAUCAGAAAUAGUCGGCAGACUGAACACCGGAUUCGAAUGGGUAUUCCCUGUAACCAGAAAGACGAUGAAAACGCAUCCUUAUCGUCAAUUUCUUCCUCUUCAAGAAAGUCUAGCAUUAGUUCUGUUACUUCAACUAACACUGUUCUGCAAGUGUCCGUAAAAACAGAAUCUGAAACUACCGUUAAUGGAGAUAGAGAAAUCGCGACUAAACCGACGAAUUUUGUCGAAGAAACGGUUCGUCAAACGAACAUCGUCAUGUCCCGCAGAUUUGAUGUCCUUCGCCGAUUUUCAACCGUGGCUGAAGCUGCACUUCAGGUUGCUGAUCUUCUCGAUUCUAGAAUCAAAUGUAUCAAUCACAAGAAAGAAGUUGUCAGUUAUUUGGAAAAGACAUAUUCUAUCAUUUGGCCGUCAGUUGUCGUUCCUUUAACAUAUGCAGUCUUUCAUUUUCAGGCGCCAACUCCAUUGAUCGUGUGCCGCUCUCGACUACUUUCACGGACAAAUUCCCCAUGUCUUAUGUGUAAAUUCUUGCUUUAUUUGUUGUAA